AUGGCAAGCGAAGAUAAGCAAGAUUGUGGCACCAAAUGCGCUGAGUCAUGCCGCGUGGGUAUACGGGUACCCCCAUUCUACCCCGAGAAACCAGCAUUAUGGUUCGCUCAGCUGGAAGCACAGUUCGCGCUAUCUAAUAUCACCAGUGAUACGACAAAAUAUUAUCACACGAUCAGCCAGUUGGAUCCGCAAUAUGCCGUGGAAGUCGAAGACGUCAUUUCUACACCACCAGCCGCUGGCAAAUACGACAAGCUUAAGAUAGAGCUAAUCAGACGAUUGUCGGAUUCCCGGGACAAGAAGAUUAAGCAGCUUCUUAGUCACGAAGAACUCGGGGAUAGGAAGCCAUCGCAGUUCGCCCGUCACCUGCAAAACCUUGCGGGACCAGGAGUACCUGAUGACUUCCUUAGGUCAAUAUGGACGAGCCGUCUACCACAAACUACCCAGUCUAUAAUCGCGUCUCAACCGAAGGCGUCACUGGAGGAGUUAGCAGACUUGGCAGACCGAAUCCAUGAUGUGGUUACCCCCAACAUGCAAGUUGCAUCGACAUCGAGUCAAGUACCGGCCGACAACAACGAUGUGGCAGUCAUGGACAAGAAAAUUGCAAUGCUGACGGACGAGGUCCGUAUGCUGGCUGCCGAGGUUAGGAGAUCCCGUCCGACACAGAGGGCACGUUCCCAGACUCGUCGUCCACGCUCCGGGACUAGGUCGCAGUCCAACUACCGCCGGUACCCCCAAUGUUGGUAUCACCAGAAGUUCGGCGAUAAAGCCAGACGGUGCAUUAAACCGUGCGACUUCGCGGGAAAAGUGCCGGGCGAUCGAUAA